AACUCUCCAGCAACAGCUGUUUUCAUAGACGCUCAUGAAAAACGUUUUGCGGCUUUUGGUGUUUUGUGAAAAUUGCUAACUUAGGCCGCGAAAAUGGUGGCAAAAACCACUAAAAACUCAAAUACGGAACUCAAUUUUGAAGAGGAAGAUGUGCCCUAUGAGGAGGAAAUUCUGAGGAAUGCCUACUCCGUGAAGCACUGGCUUCGCUACAUUGAUCACAAGGCCAAGGCGCCCAAUAAUGGUGUGAAUCUGGUGUACGAACGCGCCCUGAAGGAGCUGCCCGGCAGCUACAAGAUUUGGUACAACUAUUUGCGAACGCGAAGGAAGCAGGUUCGGGGCAAGAUACCCACAGAUCCCAUGUACGAGCAGGUGAACAACACGUUCGAGCGGGCCCUCGUCUUUAUGCACAAGAUGCCGCGCAUCUGGAUCGACUAUGGGGUGUUCAUGACCACCCAAUGCAAGGUGACGCGCACUCGGCACGUCUUCGACCGGGCGCUGAGGGCACUGCCCAUCACACAGCACGGCAGGAUCUGGCCGCUGUUCUUGAAGUUCGUGCAGCGCUUCGAUAUGCCCGAGACGGCGCUGAGGGUGUACAGACGCUAUCUGAAGCUGUUUCCGGAGGACGCCGAGGAGUAUGUCGAGUAUUUGCAGCAGGUGGAGAAGCUGGACGAGGCGGCCCAGCAGCUGGCCGACAUAGUGGACAACGAGCAUUUCGUGUCGAAGCACGGCAAGUCGAACCACCAGCUGUGGAACGAGCUGUGCGACCUCAUCUCGAAGAAUCCGCACAAGGUGCACUCUCUGAAUGUGGACGCCAUCAUCAGGGGUGGCCUGCGGCGGUACACAGAUCAGCUGGGUCACCUGUGGAACUCCCUGGCCGACUACUAUGUGCGCUCGGGACUGUUCGAUCGGGCCAGGGACAUCUACGAGGAGGCCAUUCAAACGGUCACCACAGUGCGGGACUUCACCCAAGUCUUUGACGAGUACGCGCAGUUCGAGGAGCUGUCGCUGAACAAGCGCAUGGAGGAGGUGGCCAAGAACGAGGAGGCCACCGAGGAGGAUGACAUCGAUGUGGAGCUGCGCCUCUCGCGCUUCGAAUACCUCAUGGAGAGGCGUCUGCUCCUGCUGAACAGCGUGCUGCUUCGCCAGAAUCCUCACAACGUUCACGAGUGGCACAAGCGGGUGAAUCUGUACGAGGACAAGCCCACAGAGAUCAUCAACACCUACACAGAGGCCGUGCAGACAGUCCAGCCCAAGCUGGCGGUGGGAAAGCUGCACACCCUCUGGGUGGAGUUUGCCAAGUUCUACGAGUCCAAUGGCCAGGUGGAGGAUGCCCGCGUGGUCUUUGAGCGGGGCACCGAGGUGGAGUACGUCAAGGUGGAGGAUUUGGCCGCCGUGUGGUGCGAGUGGGCGGAGAUGGAGCUGCGCCAGCAGCAGUUCGAGGCUGCGCUCAAGCUGAUGCAACGCGCCACGGCAAUGCCCAAGCGGAAGGUGGCCUAUCACGAUGACACGGAGACAGUGCAGUCGCGCCUCCACAGAUCCCUGAAGGUGUGGUCCAUGUACGCCGAUCUGGAGGAGUCCUUUGGCACCUUUAAGACCUGCAAGGCCGUCUACGAGCGCAUCAUCGACCUGAAGAUCUGCACGCCUCAGGUGAUCAUCAACUAUGGCAUGUUCCUCGAGGAGCACAACUACUUCGAGGAGGCCUAUCGGGCCUACGAGAAGGGCAUUGCCCUGUUCAAGUGGCCCAAUGUGUACGACAUCUGGAACUCGUAUCUGAGCAAGUUCCUCGCACGGUACGGUGGCACAAAGCUGGAGCGAGCCCGCGACCUCUUCGAGCAGUGCCUGGAUCAGUGUCCCGCCGAGCAUGCCAAGUACUUUUAUCUGCUCUACGCCAAGCUGGAGGAGGAGCACGGCCUGGCACGGCAUGCCAUGUCCGUCUACGAUCGCGCCACUUCCGCCGUCAAGGAGGAGGAGAUGUUCGACAUGUACAACAUAUUCGUGAAGAAGGCGGCCGAGAUCUACGGCCUGCCACGCACCAGGGAGAUCUACGAGAAGGCCAUCGAGGCCCUGCCCGAGCAGCAUAUGCGUCACAUGUGCGUGAAAUUCGCCGAGCUGGAGACGAAGCUGGGCGAGGUGGAUCGGGCCAGAGCCAUCUAUGCCCAUUGCUCGCAGGUGUGCGAUCCCCGCAUCACGGCUGACUUCUGGCAGACCUGGAAGGAGUUCGAGGUGCGUCAUGGCAACGAGGAUACGAUGCGUGAAAUGCUGCGUAUCAAGCGCUCCAUUCAGGCCACCUACAACACUCAAGUCAACAUGAUGGCUGCGCAAUUUGUCAACACGAGUUCGAAUGGCGUGGCUGCCGAUGCUGGUGCCGGUUCCGGACCGGAUGCCAUGCGACUGCUCGAGGAGAAGGCACGCCAGGCGGCAGCCGAGGCCAAGCAAAAGCCCACCGAGAAGGCUGCCAGCAAUAUUAUGUUUGUGCGCGGCGAGACCCAGGGCGGCGCCAAGGAUAAGAAUAAUACAGUUAUCAAUCCGGAUGAGAUUGAUAUUGGCGACAGCGAGGAAGACGACGACGACGACGACGAUGAGGAGGAGGAAAAGCAGCAGCAGCAGACACCGAGUGGAGACCAAGCUGAGGCGGCAGGCCAGGCCCCCACCAAAACCGAUGACGAGGGUCUCAUCAUGAAGAAACUGCGUUUCGAACAGAAGGCCAUACCGGCCAAGGUCUUUGGCAGCCUCAAGCCAGCCAAUCAAGCCGAUUCUGAUGAGGAAUAAAACUUUUGUUUCAUUUGGAUUAAGCGAAAAAUAUAUAUGUAUGUCGGAUUGUGUGUAAAA